AUGAUCGUAUUAUUCUAUAAUAUUAUUAUUAUGUUUAUUCAAUUUUUUAUAAUAAAUGACAAUUCCGCUGUUCGCGAAGUUGGAAUACAUUCGGCUAAUUGAAAUUGAAUCAAAAAUUUUGUUUCACAAUUAAAUCGACAACACAAUAUCUUCUGAACAAUGAGCCCAAAUAUCGAAGUCGAAAAUUUAGUGGAAAAAUCAAGGUUUCCAAAAUCUGUAAAUGAAACACUAGGAAUAAUUGCUUAUUUUCCAUUUGGACUUAUACUAGUUGUUUUGAGAGUUUUUAUUGCUAUAAAUGCAUUACUCUUAACAGUUAUUUUAAGUAAUUACCCAAAUAUCCGCAGGCCACUUUUAAAAAUUAUGUCUGGUGUUCUUGGAUUAAUUGUUGUUGAAAAAGAAAACUCUUCAUUUAAGAAUAGCAGAGUGUUGGUUUCAAAUUAUUUGUCAUUGUUUGAUCAUAUUGCGUUACAUUUGGUGACUGGAUGUUUUACUCCAACAAAUGUAUUCAGUACACCUGUAGCAUUGUAUUUUGGGCUGAUUUCUACAUUGACUAAUGACAAUGUUACAUCAGAGAUGACUGUAUUGAAACAAUUUUUAGUUAACAACAAUAAAAAAUCGUUGCUCUUAUUCCCAGAAGGAGCUUCUACUAAUGGAAAAUAUGCUUUACUUAAAUUUUCGAAUGUACCAGCUUUAAUAAGUGACAAUUUACAACCAGUAGCUUUAACAGUUACUCGACCAUCAUUUGUUAAUAUUAAUCUAUCAGUGCUUGGAUCAAAAAAUAUUUCAGAAAUAUUUUGGUUUUUUUUUGUUCCAUUUACUAAAUUUGAGUACAAGCUUCUUGAAGUGAUUCAAAGAUCCAAUGACGAAUCUAAUGAAACUUUAAUGUCCAGGGUGGAAAAAGCUAUUUCACAAGAACUCAACAUAUCUACUUCAAAUAUUACCAAGAAUGAUAAAGAUGAAUAUAAAAAAAAACAUUUCUUGGAGUUGGCAGAAAAAGCUAAAAAGCAUAAUAAACAUGCAAUUCUGGAGAAUUUUGAAGAAGAUCCAGAAAUAUUAAGAAUGGCUGCACAAGUUACUGAUGUUCUUCCAUAUGUUCCUAAAAAUGUCAUUGUUGCCAAUUUAAAGCGAACAAGAUGUGUUGAUAUAACAAUUACUAAUAUACUUGAUGGUACUAUUAAGUUUACUCCAUUGCCACAGUCUUCCAAAGUACCAAAAACAACGUCCAAAAAAACGGAACCCAAUAAUUUUGGGGUUGGAUCAUUUAUGGAAAGGAAAGCAAAAUUAAUUGAUGAAGCCCGCCAACGGUACAUUAAUAAACACGGACUUCAUCAUUUAGUCUAGUGACUCGCACCUGUGUAUAGGUGAUGGCUAAAGAAGGACAACGGCGUACUUCAUUUUUAUUGAGAACAUUUCCCAAUUUAAUUAUUUUGAACACUCUUUGUUUACUUUUUUUUUUAAAUUUAUUUUUAUGGAAAUGGAGCAGGUACUUAUUGGAUAUUAUAAAACGCGUUUAUCCUUUGUACGUAUGUUAACAACUCUUAUUAAAUAAAUUACUUUAGACGAUA